GCGCUCCUUCUCGCUGCUACAGUGAAUGCGGGCUUCCAGACGCCUGACUGAUUGCGGCCGUUUUUAACUGAUAGCUCGGAUGUCACUGCAUGUUAAAGGUUCUUCCGAAGCCGAAAGGAAGAGAAGGCAAAUGUAUAUUCACACGGACGCUCAGGUGUAAGUGAUGCUACUGCAAGUUGAAGUCCAGGAAGUAAAACCGCAGCAUAUUGGGAAUAAACGGAUAGAUCGGCGUUCCCCGUUGCAGAGCGCACUCAGUGCGUUUGGAAUACAGACACGCAGCGUGGAAUUACUGGAGCCCUUAGUUUAUCAACUAGUCAACUCGUUUUCUACCGCAUUUAUUAUUUAUUUUUUAUAUAUAGGCUAUAUAUAUAUAUCGCAUUUUUCUUAUUACCUUCCAUGUUUUCUCUUCUUUUUGAUUUAUUUCGUUUGAUUAUGUUUGUUUCCUCAUUUCAUUCCAAUGUUAUUUAGUGUCUGCACCGUCAGUUUUUAUUUUUUAUUUUCACAUCCUCUGAAAAUAGCUCGGAUUCGUAUUUUGCGAGGGUAGAUUGUGGUAAAAGAUACUCAAUCUCAAACUGAGUCGUGUCAUGGAUGGCAAAUUGCAUUUGCAUCUACGGAACGAAUCGGCGAAUAUAGAAUAACUACUGCUGACAGAGACAAGGACAAAUGACAUAGGAUGAACACUGCUGGUCAUCUCUGUCUGUCUGUGCUGUCAUCCCUUUUUGCACUGGCCUGGGCUGUGGAGCCACUGGGUCAGGCUGCCCCCUGCUCCUCUCUGGUGGCUGGGGUCUUAUACGGCUCCUUCUCACUCAGGGACCUCUUUCCCAGGCCGUCCGUUCUGGCAUCCGGAUGCUCCUGGACUGUGGAGAACCCUGACCCCACCAAGUACUCGCUCUAUUUCCGCUUCAAUCGCCAUGCUGGCGCCUGUUUAGCUUUUUCACCGCUGGUGCUGCCCCUGGACCACUACCUUUCGAACCAGACCUGUGGACUCCCAGACCAGCCCACCUUCCCCUCAGACCCUGAAGCCGUCGAACUUUGCAUGGUCCCAGGACCCCACACGUUCCUGCAAUUUGAUAAGAACUUUGUGCAGUUGUGCCUGACCACUCAUCCCGACAAAGAUGGAGACAAUGGAGAUGGGAUGUCCGAGGGCCAGGCUCCCUUAUCGGCGGAAACUCUGGACUUCCGGCUCAUAGAGGUUCUGCUCAUUAAUAAUGAGAAUUCAAGUCAGUUUACGUGUGGAGUCCUGUGCCGGUGGUUCGAGGAGUGCUUGCACGUCGGAUCAGGCUGGGAAACCGAGAGCUGCAGUAUCACCCAGACGGGAUGCGUGUGUCCCAACAUGGCACCUCCGGUCUCUCUUCUGCCCACUGCUCCCCACAACCACUCUUUAGACCCCAGCGCAAGCGUGUUGCAAUCCCCACCUGACGACUGUUGUGUCACACAGCUUCAUUCAAAGAACGCCAUUGCUAUAGCACCCAGGGAUGUCCGGCAAGAGCCUGAUGAUGAUGAGCAGAAGGUGAAGACCCAAAGGCCACGAUCAGCUGACCAGCCUGGUGUGUUCCAAGCUCAAACAGGUGACCCAGCAGCGGAGGAGUGGUCUCAGUGGAGCGUGUGUUCGCUGACAUGUGGGCAGGGUUGGCAGGUCCGUUCUCGUUCAUGUGUAUCCUCUCCAUACGGGACCCUCUGCAGCGGCCCACUGAGGGAAACCCGACUCUGCAACAACACUGCCACCUGCCCAGGUGAGCCACAGCAUCAAGCAGUGGACGGGCAGUGGUUGGAUUGGGCUGCCUGGUCUCAGUGCUCUGUUUCCUGUGGCUCCGGCACUCAGCAGAGGCAGCGGCGUUGCAGUGUGUCAGUUCAUGGCUGGGCAGAGUGUAAGGGGCCGCAUGCAGAAACUCGUGAGUGCACCAACCCAUCUUGUGGGGACGGAGGUAACUGGGGUGCUUGGAAUCACUGGAGCUUGUGCUCCAAAACCUGUGACUCUGGUUGGCAGCGGCGGUUCCGUAUGUGUGAAGGCACAGGAAUCCAGGGUUACCCUUGUGAAGGCUCUGGAGAGGAAGUGCGCUCCUGCAAUGACAAGAAAUGCCCAGCACCUCAUGAAAUAUGUAAGGAUGAGUACCAAGUAGACCUGACAUGGAAGAGAGCCUCAGCUGGAGAGACGGUAUACAACAAGUGUCCAUCAAAUGCCACUGGAUCUGCUAGUCGUCGUUGUUUGCUGGACGCUAAUGGAGUUGCUUACUGGGGUCCUCCGAGCUUCGCCAGAUGUGUCUCACUCGAAUAUAGAUAUUUACAUUUAUCUUUGCGAGAACAUCUUGCGAAGGGUCAGAGGACCCUGGCAGGGGAGGGCAUGUCUCAGAUCGUGAGGAGUCUCCUGGAGUUAAUGUCCCGUAAGAAUUAUUAUAGCGGCGACCUCUUAUUCUCUGUGGAGAUUCUCCGAAAUGUGACGGACACCUUCAAGCGAGCAACCUACAUCCCAGCUCCUGACGACGUGCAGAAAUUCUUCCAGAUUGUCAGCUUAAUGUUGGACAUUGAAAACCUGGAGAAGUGGGAAGAUGCUCACCAGGUCUCUCCGGGUUCUGUGUUACUGAUGCGAGUUGUGGAAGACUUCAUUCAUCUAAUUGGAGAGGCUCAAAAGCCAUUCCAGAGCUUUCUGGUCGUCACCAACAACCUCAUAAUCACCAUCCAGCGUGAACCAGUCUCGGCUGUUUCCAGUGACAUCAACUUCCCCAUGAAGGGAAGGAGAGGAAUGAAAGACUGGGCACGUUCUGCAGACGACAAGCUCUUCAUCCCCAAAGAAGUCUUCACCCUGUCCUCCGAUGAAUCAGAUGACACACCAUAUUUUGUCAUUGGAGCCAUCCUGUAUCGCACCCUCGGCCUCAUAAUGCCCCCACCAAAAGAUCCAUUCGUGAUCAGCUCGAAGAUUCUCACAGUGACUGUGCGUCCUUUACCCAAGCCCACCGAGCCCUUGGUAUCAGUAGAACUUGCCCCUUUGCUCAAUGGCACAACAGAUCCUCAGUGUGUUGUCUGGGACUACGGAAACCCAGAGGCUGGCGAAGAAAACUGGGACGCUGAGAGCUGCCAAACGCUCCCAUCGCCGGCAGUCUCCCAGACCAAAUGUCUGUGCAGCAAGCUGUCCACCUUUGCAGUGUUAGCCCAGAAAGCUAAAGAACCGGGUAUGGGGCCGUCCAGUAUACCGUCUGUGCCCCUCAUGGUGGGCUGUGGCAUAUCCUGUACGGCUCUUCUCAUUCUGCUGCUCAUCUACGCUGCCUUUUGGAGGUACAUUCGUUCAGAAAGAUCCAUCAUCUUGGUGAACUUCUGCCUGUCCAUACUGGCCUCCAAUGUGCUGAUACUGGUGGGACAGUCCCAAACUCUCAGUAAGGGACUGUGCACUGUGACUGCUGCCUUUUUGCACUUCUUCUUUCUGGCCUCUUUCUGCUGGGUACUGACAGAGGCAUGGCAGUCCUACCUGGCUGUGAUUGGCAAGAUGAGGUCCCGCCUCAUUCGCAAGCGUUUCCUGUGCCUGGGUUGGGGUCUUCCAGCCCUUGUGGUCGCUGUAUCUGUGGGUUUUACCCGGGCCAGAGGUUAUGGCACACCAAGUUAUUGUUGGUUGUCUCUGGAAGGAGGGCUGCUCUAUGCUUUUGUCGGUCCUGCUGCUGUCAUUGUACUGGUGAACAUGCUGAUUGGAAUAGUGGUCUUCAACAAGCUCAUGUCUAGAGAUGGCAUCUCAGACAAGUCCAAAAAGCAGAGAGCAGGUCCGCCGUUGGAAGCGCGUAGCAGGCUGCUCCUGAAAUGCUCCAAGUGCGGUGUGAUCUCCAGCACCGCCCUGUCCAGCUCUACAGCCAGCAGCGCCAUGGCCUCGUUAUGGAGCUCUUGUGUGGUUCUCCCUCUGUUGGCACUCACAUGGAUGUCAGCUGUGCUGGCCAUCACAGACCGCCGAUCAACCCUCUUCCAGGUGCUCUUUGCGGUCUUUGAUUCAGUCCAGGGAUUUGUCAUCAUCACCGUGCACUGUGCCAUGCGCCGAGAGGUGCAGGACGCAGUGCGCUGCAGGAUGGGUGGUUGCAAAGAUGACAGUGAAAACUCUCCGGACUCCUGCAAGAAUGGCCAGGUGCAGAUCAUGACGGACUUUGAGAAAGAUGUGGAUUUGGCGUGUCAAACAGAAAGAGGACACCCAUUCAUCUUUAAGGAGGUAAACACCUGUAACCCCGCUACCAUAACUGGCACUCUAUCCCGCAUCUCCCUGGAUGACGAAGAUGACCCCAAGUUGGCGGCUCAUCAGGAAGGUAUGAAUUUUAGCAGCCUGCCUGGGAACAUCGCACCCCCUAACCUCCUGGUGCAGGUACCUCCUUUGGUUCCCCUGAAUGAACUAAGUGAGCAGCCACUAAAGAAGGAGGUCAAUGUUGAGCAACAAGGUCAGCAUCAACAAUCUGGACCCAUCUACCUGUGCACCGAGAGUGGGCUGGGUUGGGCCCGACCAAAUCCAUCUUCCACCCAGGAUUCAGCUGGUGGUGGAGGGGGGGAAGGGGACUACAUGGUGUUGCCUUGUCGGACAGUCAGUCUCAAGCCCCCUCCUCCAGCCCAGGAUGAGGGGAAGCCCCUGAACAUUACAGUAGAUGAGCCUCCUUUUCCUCCGCCCCCUUCACCAUUGACUCUGCAUCCAGCAGAAAGUGAGGUAUACCCAGCAGACUUUGCAGCUGUGGACCACAUCAGCAUGAACUUAAACCGCUCAUACAGCACACUAAAACAGUUGCCGGUCCACACUGGGCACACGCACUCCCACACCAACACCCGCACCCUACAGGUCAAGCAGAAUCAUCCCUCUGUCCGGCAGAUCCUCACCUCUCGAAAAGUGGAGCGCACCCGAACCCUUCCCCGCAACCUGGGUAGCACCAACACCAGCCACUCGGCUGGAUCUUUGGAAAGGAAAAGAGUACGGUACUCUGAGCUGGACUUUGAGAAAGUGAUGCACACUCGCAAAAGACACUCAGAGCUCUACCAUGAACUCAACCACUCCACCAAGUUCCAUACCAUAGACAGGUAUAACAGGGACCCUGCCAUGUCCUCCUUCAAGGACAAGUCCACCACAGAUGACCAGCGGUCCUGGGACAGCUUUAAGACCAUGACCCCUGAGCAGACAUGUGGUUCCUGUGAACAUAAGGACAGACUGGAGUUACGCAAUAAACCCUGGGACACAUCCUCCGCCAUCACACCUGACACAUCCGAAGGAGACUUCCAGACUGAAGUGUGAAGAGAACACAUCCACAACAAACUGAGAGACACCUAAACCCUCUUACGUACUCACACUGUUGGUGAUCUUCAGCAAGAUGUGUUCUAAAGGAUUCUGUACUUGUUUACAGGUGUGAGGACAGACCAGAGAUGAAGAGUGCUCUAUUCUAUAUUUUCACACAGAGACAGUAAAUGAAAGAGUGAGGUCUGGAGAGUGUGGUAAAAAAAAAAAAAACUGUUUCUGUAAUAUCUUGAUUUUACUCCAGAAAGGAUUCUCUUUCAGCUGUUUGAUGAUUUGGGAAUUUAAAAAAGUAAUAUUUCUGCACCCUUCUUUUUUUUUUUUUUUUUUUUUUAUAACUGAACGAAAAAACAAAACACAGAAACAGUACUGAUGAUUCACACACUGAUUAAUAAAUCUUGCUUUGUUUUUCGGGGGAAGAGGGAGGAGGAAGUUUUGAAAGUAUUCACUAAUAUGUGCCAACCCGUUUUUUUUUUUUUUUUUUUUUUUUUUUUCUCUGCAUCAGGUGUACUGUACUUACAUGCUGUGUGUUCUAAUUUAUUUUCUAUAAUUUUAUUGAGAAUGUCCAUCUGUUCUUUUCAUUUUAUUUUUUACACCUAAACUUCAGGUAUAAUUUUAUGGGUGAAAGUAGUUCUUUCUUGUCAUACUGCUGUGUGAUUGUGUUUUAAGUUUCUCAAAAUGCCUGACAGAAAAUAUUGUGCUAUACAGUAUGUAUGAUUUAUUGUCAGAUCUGCAUUCGUUCACACCAGGGAAGCAUCUUUGCUCCAUCCUACACAAAACAACCAAAAGAAUCCACAUUCCAGUCAUAAUGAGCUUUGGUGUUCCAGGAUGGGUUUAUCCAAUAAGAGACACACUUCCAUCUGAGACCGUUUCCAUUUUGAAUCAACACAAAGAGUGCUAAGUUUUCCACAUUUCUUCUCCAUCUUAAUAUUGUGCUACAUUUCUGCUCUUGCAAAAAGUAAUGCGUUGUGAUGUUUUCAUUUGAAAUCCAGUGACUCUGGAUUUAUUUCUGCACUUUGACUCUGGAGUUUGACAACUGGCGAAAUGCUAAGCAGGCCAUAGAGGUCAUCUUUGCUAACCUGCUUCUCUUCAUAACCCGUUCAUUAGCUGUGUUGGCUGAUGUAAUACCACAUGGAGAUUCUGAAAGCAAGAUCGAGAGGGCGAACGAGGGAGAGAGAGGUGUGGUAAUUAUCUUGGGGGAAUAACGAUUUGUCUUGACAUUUUCUUACUUGGCGCGAAUUUCAUCUGCUCAAAGAUCCCUGAAGUCAGCAUAUCGUAUAAGCACAGAUGGCAAGACUAGAGCAUGCCAUUUCAUCCUUUGCAAGUAAUCUGCACUAAUGGGGAACAUGGGCUGCCUCGUCGUCAUGAAAUAUCUCCAGACCAACAUAGCAAUUAAAACUAGUUUUUCACCUUCUGUUUCAAAGACUGAAUUUUACUCUCAUUUUUGGGAAAAGUAAUAUCGCAUAAUCAAUGUGUGUGCUGUUUGGCGGCAGUUCUGUUGAUAAUUAGUACUGCAGCAUGUGUGUGAUAUUGCAUUAACAGCUUGGUAAACAAGAAGUUUUCUUUCUGACUAAAUUUGACCAUUUUUCUUCCACCAAUGAAAAUAAUUAAGAAGCUAAGAUACAAGACCUGGAAAAGUCCAAAUGCAGUUGCAAAUACUCUUGGAGCACCGGCUAAUCAAAUAGCCUCAUCUUAAAAGGCCAGUAUAAUAAACCACACAGAUGAGAUGGCUGUUUUAGUUCUGACGUUGUUCUCUUCACAACCACACAGCUGUACGCAAACCCAGUGCAUGUAUUUAUUUAUUUAUUUUAUUUUAUUUUAUUUUCUGUUGUUGUUGUUGCUCUUUUGUCUGAUGCAGUCAUCGACCGUUUCAACAUUUUAUAAUUCCACUCUAUUUCCGUCUCUAUAUGAGUAUUACGAUUUUUUAUGUAUUCCUAUUUAAAAAAAAUAAAAAUACAAAUACAAUAAAAAAAACUUGAGAAUGGCCUUACAGUCACAAAAAAAAAUUAAGAGAUAUGUAUUUUGAAUAUGUGCAUUGUGAGGAGGAUGAUCAUCAUAUAGGAAAAUGAAUGGUGAACAGAUGAGUGAGGAUUUAAUGAAGAUUGAAUAUGUUUGCUUGGACUUCCUGAUCUGCAGGAUGUUUUCUUCAUGGCUUGACAUGUUUGAAACUUUUGGACCCUCCCCUUACCAGCACACACAAACCCUUUGGCUAAAGAAGAUGGCUAUCACAAGAGAAUCCUCCUUGAACCAUGUCAUUUUUUUUUUUUUUUUUUUUUUUUUUUUUUUUUUAUAUAUAUACAUACGAUUGUACAAAGUAGUCCUCUACUGUUUUCAUAGAGUGUCUUUUUAUAUGAAAAUAAAUUUUCAAAGUGAUGAA